UUUUAAAACGCACGUGCUGAACCAUUGUUCUGCCCAUUAGAUCUUUCGCUUUGCCACUUUCUCGUUGCCGUUGUCGUUGUGGUUUGCAGGUCCCUGUCACUAUCUCAACUGAGGGACUGAUAUCACAUUUAACUAGAUGAUACAUCAGAGAUUGCGUCGGGUAGAACAGUGCGGGCUGCGUACGUAAGACUCUCACUCGACAUAGAUCUUAAACUAAUUAAUUUGAGGUAAGGAGGAGAAAAAUAGAAACUAUUGAUAUAGUAAGAACACCUUUUCAUUGAUAUAAUAUGGUGUUCAGUCAAAGUAUUUAACUAUUAAAGUAACAGAAAAAAAGAUGUCGAUAUAGUUAAAGAUUUUUAAGACAAAUGCACCCAUUUAAAGCAAAAAAGAAAAUUUUGGGAAGGAGAGAUAAUAAAUGUAAAGAAAUAGAUAAAAUCUAUUAAAAAAAAAACAAAAACAAAAGAAAAAUUGUGGUAUGCGAAUAACCAUGAUGAAGAACAGUGUGAAUGAGUGCAGUAUAAUUAUUUUGGUAUUGAAUUGGAAAGAAACUAUGAUCAAAGGAAAAUCACAAAAAAUAUAUUUUUUAGAAAUAAAGGUGUAACACAGAAGCUCCCCAGCGAAGAAACUCCUCUUGAAUAAUUUAUUCAAAAUCAACAGUAGAUCGAUAGAAAGUCGUUCUUUAGCAGUUUUUGUGGGUGUCGUUUUUAUCUUUUUCUACCUAUUGUUUUGUUCCUAUUGGAUAACACAUAACUUUAUUUUUUGUUCAUUUUUGUUCACGUAUCACGAUGGUUUGUUCAGGCGAUUAAGAAGAAGAAAAAAAGCAAAAAGGUAAGCAUCGAAAUACGGAACUGUAACAGACACUCAAAUAGCGACUUUGCAAGAGAGCCUUCUUUCCUCGCGUCAAAAUUGUUGAAAACCUAUUAAGGCAGUUUCACUUCUGCAUUGUAACUGGAACAUAGUUUUGUAGACAUUCUAGAGGCAUGCUGUGAGAUUUGCGGUAUUCCCAGAUCGUAGGGGUUUUUUAAUCAAAGGCUUUUGGAAGUUGAACAACACUUUCGAGUUAAAAAUAAAUUAAUUAAAAAACAUGCUAAUAUCACAGAGGUUUCCAAAAAGAAAAGCAACUUAAAUUGAAAUUAAAACACACAUCGCUUGUUAUCAAUAGAGUUAUAAAACAUUACUUUCAUUCCAUAAGUGGUUCGACAUCAGUAACAACAAGAGCAAUAAUUAUGCGGAUUUUUGAUGACUUUUCAAGCAGCCGGACAUUAUCAUGCAUCGAUGCGCUGGAAAACAAGAGAAAAGAUUAUUUUUUUCAUGACAGUAAAAAUCUUGGCUCCAAUAAGUUGGCUGAAACUCAGACAGUUCAGUAUUUGACCUUCAUAUGGAAAUAGAAUUUUUCAAACCAAAUUGCAAGCGUUUUGUAGAUAGGUUCGUGGGGAGAAUUUUAAAGUUUAGGAUGGGAAAUUAACUAAUACAAGUGUAAUCGGACAAAAAUCAAUUUUUGGUUUGCUUGAUGCACUUGGCCAGUGUAUGCAUUUUGUGAGGUUAGCGAUGUAUUUAUACGUGACGCGUGACUAAGCACAAGGUUUAAAUAUGACGCGUGAAUUUUGCAAAACGGCAAGGUUUGGUGACAUUUUAGGUUUUCCCUUUUCAAAACUCGUGACACGUGAAAUACUGUUUAAAAUGCAAACGCUGUGACAAAUGAAGUUUUUGUUGCGAGCGAGCGUAGCGAGGAAACCAGUGAGUAUCUGUGGAGGUAAGAGAAACCAAAAAUUCGUGGAUGAAAAAUCCAUACAUUUCGCAUGUUAUAUGUUUACGCCUUAUUUUUGUACUUUUGUAUAUUUUUCGUUAUUCGGUUAUCUUUGAAAAGCAUUACGUAAUGAAUAAACGACUCCUUGGUUUCUUUCCUUCAUUAAUAUGCCGUACCCCACAGGCUCAAAGUACAUUUAGUUUACCUCGCAGCACUGCACUUUCUAUCAGAAACUGCUGGUUCUAAAAUUUAUGCGUGAGGCAGGAUCGUGACCCCUUCUUUGCUGCUGUCUUUUGUUCGUCGUCUGCUCUUUCAUUAGAAUUUUCUAGACUAAAACAGCUUGUUCUGUACUUUGUCCUCAAAAAUACAUCAGGGAAUGUUCUAGCGACAACAGGUAGUGAUUCGUGACCAGUUAUUUUGGCGGCUUCCUGUCGCUAAUCACGUCAUAAAUAUUGCUAAUGAGGUAGCAUAUUUUAUAUUUCACUUACUUCAUACCUCAGCGUGCGGUUUUGAAUUGCAAUGGGCAUAGAAAUUUGACUCUGUUUACUAACAUGAUACAGUUAGGUUACUAAGUUAUUUACUACUAACGCCAAGCAGGUGAUAAUUGUAGAUAUUUCCGCUGCAGUGUGAACAACACUUAUUUACCGAAGAGGUGAACGGCAUUAUUCAUUUCAAAUGUUGAUUCCCCUCCACAGACGAUACGUCAGUGCAGUUCUACAUACCUCGUGCCGUGUUUAUCACCCAUCCUGCCAGUAAAACAUCACUAAUAUAAACUCGUUGUUGUAUUCACAAAGUGAUUCGUGAAUUAUCAUUGGAAUUUGACGGAACUACAGCAAAAGGACAGUCUGGAAGUUAUGCAACAAAGCUUCAAUUGAUAGUCAGCUGUACGGUAAGGAAACAUUUUCAUGUGUUUCUGUUUGCAUGCCUUGCUAGUCUAGCAAGUUUCCCUCUUAAGAAGACUUUCAACCAACGAGUAAGUGAAGUAUGAAUUUUAUCGAUGAAGUAAUUCACCUUCUAAUUACAAUAUACGAGCUGUAAAUUUAAACUAUUGUUUCUAAAUCGAACGCACGUCUAUGCGACUAUGCUUCAAUCUCUCUGUGUCUCAGGUCUUCAUUAAAGAAAAUAAGAACUAAUCGUGCCUAUGCUUGUCGAAAAUGUGGAAAUCACGCGCCUUAUAAGAAAGGUAAACCUAUAGCCUCAAGUACACAACUUUAUGAAACUUUCUACCUGAAAACCUCAUUUGUGACAUGCAAAUUUUUGAAUCAGUUCUCAGAAUUCCUGGAGGUAAUCCGUGCGCGAUAAGAGAGUUUUGGGAUCGGGAUGUUUAAGAGUCAGGACGGCAACCGCUGAAGAUGUCGUCGAUCAGAAAAUUAAGAGGCGAUCUCUGUAAGAGCGAUCCAAGGUAUUUCGCAUCGGAAAAAAGUUUUCCCUCAAACUUUGCCCAAUAAUCUAUCUUUGGUAGCAAGUAAAUAAAACCACAUUACUUUCUGGAAAUCCGUUAAAAUAAAACUUUUAGAGCUCUCAAAAGUCAAAGCUGAUAAAGGCCCUUUUUUGACCUCUUGCGACAUCGUAAAUUUCAAAAGUUGAAUACCCUGGUCCUCGUAUCACACCGCAUGCAGCAAAAAAUAUCUUGUAUUUUUAAACUGUGUGAUAUGUUAGGUGAAUAAAAAGUAUUUCAAUUUUGAUAUUUGUUUAUUCAGGGUUCGUCAUAAUUUAUUUAAAAACAUUCGUUAGACAGCUUUCUGAAAUUGGUCAAAAGUACUCUUUCCUUCUUGGUUGAUAUUGCUCAAGUCCAGACCAGACCAUUGAAAAAUCCGCUUGAUUUCUUCUAAAAAGAUGUUUGGCUGCAGAAAAAUAUAAAAACAUCUUGCACUUAUUAAUUUUGUGUGACUUCAAACUUUCAGCGAUUUUGCUAGCGUGACAGCCGAUUAUGCAAAUUAGUUCAUUGAACAAACUCCGACCGUUUUAUAUAAGUAGCUCAAUAAAUCUUAGAUUUUAAUCAUUUUAAGUUGAAAAGAUGGUAGGACAGAGCUUUUAGACUACACCGAUUGAUACUCUAAACAUUUCAAAAGGCCAGAAUUUGACAAAUUUUACCCUCUCGUGACGAAAGACGUCAACAACAAUGCAUCGAAUAUCAUAAUUUGAUUAGCGCUCGCUUAACAGUUUAAUGGCAAACUCUUUCUUAAAAAUUUGGCUUCUGCUACUUCACGCAUAUUUGAGUUCUGACAGGUUACGCUAUUCAAACCUGCGUGAACAUUUCAGAACCAAACUACAGGAUUCUAUUUAGUGUAACCGGCGAUAACAGCACACACUGAAAUACACCUUGACCAGUGACUAUGUCAAGAGUUUGCCAUUAAACUGUUAAGCGAGCGCUAAUCAAAUUAUGAUAUUCGAUGCAUUGUUGUUGACGUCUUUCGUCACGAGAGGGUAAAAUUUGUCAAAUUCUGGCCUUUUGAAAUGUUUAGAGUAUCAAUCGGUGUAGUCUAAAAGCUCUGUCCUACUAUCUUUUCAACUUAAAAUGAUUAAAAUCUAAGAUUUAUUGAGCUACUUAUAUAAAACGGUCGGAGUUUGUUCAAUGAACUAAUUUGCAUAAUCGGCUGUCACGCUAGCAAAAUCGCUGAAAGUUUGAAGUCACACAAAAUUAAUAAGUGCAAGAUGUUUUUAUAUUUUUCUGCAGCCAAACAUCUUUUUAGAAGAAAUCAAGCGGAUUUUUCAAUGGUCUGGUCUGGACUUGAGCAAUAUCAACCAAGAAGGAAAGAGUACUUUUGACCAAUUUCAGAAAGCUGUCUAACGAAUGUUUUUAAAUAAAUUAUGACGAACCCCUGAAUAAACAAAUAUCAAAAUUGAAAUACUUUUUAUUCACCUAACAUAUCACACAGUUUAAAAAUACAAGAUAUUUUUUGCUGCAUGCGGUGUGAUACGAGGACCAGGGUAUUCAACUUUUUAUUUACUUGCUACCAAAGAUAGAUUAUUGGGCAAAGUUUGAGGGAAAACUUUUUUCCGAUGCGAAAUACCUUGGAUCGCUCUUACAGAGAUCGCCUCUUAAUUUCGCGAAUAGCUGAAUGUGUUAGGACGCUACAAUUCAACUUCAGCAUAACAUAUUUGAGCAGCGUUGAGUUCCAAAUUAAAACUUAGAUAAUUUGCCGCUGAGAAUUCCCCUCUCGUACCACAAAAAUUUGGUGAUUUCACGUUACAGUUAUGCAGAUGAAUUUAAACGCACGCACUGAGCUAUUUUUCUGGGCCCAAUUGUAUAAAGGGCGGAUGACACUAUCCAACGGAUAAAUCGCUAUCCAGCGGAUAAGUAAUAGCAUAACGUAUGGCGUUAUCCUCAGGAUAGAGAUUUAUCCAGUGGAUAGUGUUAUCCAAUCCUCGAACAACCGGAGCCUGUCCAUUAGAUCUCUUGUUUUGCCACGUCUUGGUUGCCUUCACCGCCGUGGUUUGCUCAGGGUUCUUAUCUAUAAUGGUCGCAAUUGAGUAAAAACGUCAGUCGUCAAAAAGUAAAGAUUUCUGCCGUAAGUCGUCAAAGAUGCAAAUCAGUAUCAACCUUUAAGGCACAGCUGAAUGAAUGCAACAUCUUGCAACAUUGUUGCGCGCAACGUGAUGCACACGUUUGGCCACUCAGUAGCAACAUAUUGCAAGAUGUUGGAUGGUGUUGGAUCAAGUUUGAAAAUUUUUGUGGCAACAUUUUUUAAUGUUGCAAGAUGUUGUACGCGUUCGGUCAGGUCCUUCACAACAUCUCACAGCACGAUCCAACAAUGUUGCACGAUGUGUUGAAAUGAUACGUGCCUUUGACUGGGCCUUUAAACAGUUUAAAAAUCUCUAUAUUUUAGCCGCUUGCUAAACUGCUCACAACAAUUUUGGAUCUGGAAGAAUGCUUACAAUGGUAACUAGUCUCCAGACUUCCAAAACUGCUCAGAAAACCGGUAAUUUGAAAAUAUUUUGAUAUUUAGCUUAAUACCUCAAAAUUAAAUAUAGCUGACUUCAUUAAUGAAACGAAUGAAAAAGAAUCAUAAAUACGCGUGAGAAACGAACGUAACAUUCAGAUAGGAGAAAAUCCUAAAAGUGCGCGAGAUACUAACGUAACAAUCCAAUGAAAGCCAAGAAUCCUAAAAGAGUGCGAGGUACUAACACGUUAACGCAAGUGCGCAAGAUACAAACGUAAAAAUCGAAUGGAACUGAAUCCUGAAUAUGCAUAGCAUGGCGCGAGGGAGGUACCAACGUAACAAUCCACUAAAAGCUGAGAAUCCUUUAAGUGUGCGAGGUACUAGCGUGUUAACGUAACAAUCAGAUGAAGGAGAACCUAAUGUUGCGCGAGGCAGGUACUAAUUCAAUGAAAACUGAGAAUCCUUAAAGUUCACAAGAUACGAACUAACUUUCCGAUGAAAGAGGAUCUUAAAUGUGCGCAAGAUACAAACGUAAAAAUUGAGUGGAACUGAAUCCUGAAAAUACAUGACAAUUGACGUAAAAAUCGAAGGAAAGAUAAUCCUAAAAGUGCACGAUGUACUAAAGUAACAAUCCAGUGACUGAGAAUCGUUAAUGUGCACGAUAUAUUGACGUAAUAAUCCAAUGAAAGAAAAUCCUUAAAGUAUAUGAGAUACUAAUGUAGCAAGCAGAAGGAAGGGAAUCGGAAAGUGCUCGAGAUGCUAACGUAGCAAUCCGAUAAAAGGGAAUCCUAAAGGCGUGGAAGGGCUAACGCAAGAUUCCAAUGAAAUCCGGAGAAUCUUAAAAGUGCACAAGAUACUGACGUAACAAUCGAAUGUGAUUCAAUCCUAAAAUGCGCAAGAUACUGACGUAACAUUCAUUUUUAAUAACUAAAAAAACCAAAAAAAAUUAAUAUUUAUUUUAAUUCGUAGAAAAAUAUUUUCCGAUUAAACGUCAACCGUUAAAGGCGCUGAUAGUUUGCCAUCAAUCGUCAAAAGCCUUAAAAAUAAACCGUCAGCCGUCAAAGUUAUCGAUCCCCAUUGAGGUCCUCUAGAUUGAGUCUCGUGAAACCAAAACCACAUUAAUCACAACGGCUAAUCAAAGGAGAGGAAAAUUGAUUGUUGGUACAAUGGCGGUGCUAUUGAUUUAGGUUCCUUUAUUAGAACAAAAAUACCUUCGGUUACGAUCAUUUUUCCUCAAGGUAUGACGUAAUCAUACUACGUAGGGUGUUUACAUAUGGACGAAAGAAUACAUGUUAUCAACAUGACCCAAAGUCGUCUGUCGUAUCACGGCCGUUUGCUAAAGUGAUCAGUGUCAUUUUUCCUUCUAUUUCCUCCAUCCUUGAUGAAAACAUACCUGUGUGGACCUCACAAACGAAGAGCAAAUGUGUAGAAGGAUACCCAGCUGGAAAAGGACGGGCUUCAAAGUCUUAAAUAGACGGUGACUUAGGUUCCAAUGAUAAAUAUGGAAAAAUGUUAUCUCAGUGGCGAAGAAAUUAUUUAAAAGUAAAAAACCACAAAAAUCUGAUUUGAAAACUUUCUGAACGGGACUCAUAACAUGAAUCCUUAUGAUAAAAAAUAUAUCUGAUCAGCUCAAAAUUGUACAAGGAAAAGGCAGCUGUAAAUUCACGUUCGGCCACUCCGGAAAAAGACCUAUGUUUUUCUCCUCGGGAUGGCCGUUGAUGAUAGAACUGUUCAACGGUAAUUUCAUCCCUUCCGUUUUGCCUCAGGCAAUGUAUUCCAAGGAGAUCUUGUGGCCAUAUGGCCUCAAAAUUUGAGGUUUAAUUCGAAUCUGAUGACAGACACAACAGCGGUAAUCUUCCAAAAUCGUUUGCUGACCUCAAAACCCGGUGAGUUACCUGGUUCAUGAGCACAACAUUCACCAAUUCUCAAGACACGGAUUAGCGAGGAUGAUAAACUUUUUUAAGCGUUCAUGAUCAGUUAUUUAACCGACAGAAUCUUUACAUUGUUUGUCACUAACUAAAACUCAUCAGCGGUAAGUACUCCAUGACAAGUUUUGGUUAAACAGAGAAUAGCAUUAAGAUCAAACCGAAUCACGAUGAAAGUUCAUUUUUUGUAUUCGCAGCGAAGGAUCUAGAGCGCUGCUCUUGAGGCCGUGAGUGAAUUCUUACAAUUAAACAAACAUUACGUUCUUUCAAGAAUGACUCAUGUAAUUGCCAUUUUUCCUGACAAGGACUUCCGCUUUAGAGGCAUCUCUACAGGCAUACAUCAAAAUCACUUCUGCUCACGUCCUUCCUUGAGCUGAGAAUUUAUCACAUUAACUUCCGCGGAAUGAUAAUCAGUAAUGUUAUAUCAGGAAAUUACUCAAUUAUUAUGGAUCCACACUAGAUUUGGAACUUUUUUGCUUUGUAGAAAAUUCCGCGUAAAUCGGAAUUAUUGUUUAUGAACUUCCUCAUAAUGAAUCAUAUUUUUCAUGCCAAACUUCCUCAGGAAAUCGCUAUUUUGAGGUUGAACGGAACCGAUGGCUGCACAGCAAAGAACCUCUGUUUGUGCCUAGCAAUUAAAGUUAAUGAUCUGUGUAUUUGCUAAAAACAGUGAUAAUCAAUGAUAAAAGAUUCCUUCAAGAAAAGGAAAUGGUGCAAGAAAAUCUUUGGAACGAAGGGACUCGACAAUUGAUUUUCAAAUCUCUCUUCCUUAAUUUUCCGAAGAGAAGAUAGAAAGGUGACAAUAAUUUUGUCACACCUCCCAGCAGUCAAUUGGCUUAGCACCUCUGUUAAAGCUGCUGAGAGGACUACUAACUGUUUUAUUUGCUGAUUGCAUGUUUUUUCCUUCGUUCUUCGGGAACAUAUUUUGUUCUUCGAUACGACUGACAAAUCCGGACCUUUUUAAUAGAUCUCAUGUUCAUACAGCAGAAAUUUCACAUGGAAUGAAUAGAAGUAAUUUCCAAUUUUUUAAACUUGUUGAGGUUAAAAAAAGGAGAGUGACAUGAAGAUGACUCGUGGAUGAAUAUACAAAUAGUACGGACGGAAAUGUAGCAUUGAAAUAUAUAACCUGGAGUCUUCUCGGUAUUUGAGUUCACAAAUUGAAAAUGGAGUUGUUUAUGAGAUCAUCUUCCGAUGUUUUCAUCAGUUGUGGUUACUACUGUUUGUGUAGGAAACAGCUGCCUUUAUUUGAAAUACAAAAUUGGCAUUCAGCAACAAUUUUCUGUACGUUUUUUUAACUCAUUUAAGUGUUCGGAAAAUGAAUGGAAAUAAUAUAUUACCAUAAACUAUUCAGUAAAAACAAGUUAUAACAAGGAAGUUGAUCAUUUUCUAUUCCUUUUGGUGGUCUUAUCCUUUUGGCAGUCUUAUCUUACUUAUUGCGAUCGUGAACUUGACAUUGAGAAAGAUGUUUCUAUGUAAACUACGAUUUGCGGCUAAAUAUUGGAACAUUUUCAAUAUGUUGCGAAAAGAUGUUCAAUUACGAAGAAAAUGACUUUACCUGAUAAAAAUUGAUCCCGUACAGUAAUUUCUUCGAAAUAACCCUUCUCAUAUUUUUAGCCUCUUUCAUAUUCUUGUUUUGUUAAGUUAAUUCCAUGUCGAAUUCCCGAUUAAGAAAAUAGUUAUUAAAUUUUUAUUUAGCGCGCUCGACCGCUUCUUAUCAGAGGUGACCUCAGGUGUAAACAAGUGAUACUUUUCAUCCUCCGCCCUAAAUUUAUAAUCAGGUAACUUGUACGAAAAGCACUUAGCUCCUUUAAAGGCAGUAACUUGGGUACGCCCUUUCUUCUCCGAAUUUUAUGUUGUUAUGUAACAGUCUUCGAGUGCUAUUUUCCCUUAAGAUAUCUUUUUAAAGUAUGAUUCUGAUUCUGUCAGUAAGUUAUUAUACUUUUUAUAUUGUCAAUCUUGUUUUUGUUUUGCCUGACCUUGACCGUAAGAGUAAAUAAUUUAAGGUAGAAAAUGAUUUUGUAAAGCGUCAACAUCUCGUAGGUACAUACUUAGCAUGCAGGAACUGUUUCUCCUAAGUUAACGUGAUUCGCUAACUAAGUGAGAAUUGAUGACGAUACAUGAAGAUUGACAGCUUAGUAAGUGUCACCUUUAUAAGCUGGUGACCAGCAUUCUCACUCAGAUCUGAGGUGGUUCCUAAGGCAAUAAGUUAUGCAUCUAACACCUUGGAAGCUCAUUUAGAAAAAAAAAAUUAAGCAACGAACAGAAAACUGACCACGAUAGAAAGAUUGCUUUUAUAAAUUGUUUUGGUGUUCAGCGGUGUUUGCAGUUUGAAGAUCAGAUGGCCCGUUCUUGAUCGUGAUCAGGACAUCAAUGAUUAAAAUCCUAACGAUGGGUAACUGAAUGGUUUUGGCGAACUUAAUAAUUCAACUUACGUCACUUGCAACAUUUUUUGCGUGGAACUGAUGCAAGCAAAUGAUAACUUUCUCGCAAUUGCGGAAAUCCCUGAAAACGUUUCUUGUUUAUUUCUCGAGAAACGACUAUUUCCCAUCGAGGAUUACGUUAAAUAUUACCGAGAUCUGACAUCGGUGAGGCAGCGCAAAAAAGUAAAUUCAGUCAAAAUAACCGGAUAAAAAGGUAGUUUUUCUGAAAUCAAUGGCAAACAAGGAGGAAAAUUAUAAUCAUAGAUAUCGGACAAAAGAGAGCUCAAAGCUGCGUUCAGAGCAGUCAAUCAUAAGACUUGAGCGUUGUUACUUUUGGUACAGAUUCUAUAGAAUUUUCUUCUAGUUCACCGCCAUAACACGUCUUAUCAAACGAUGAGCAGAUAAAUACAUUUUAUCACAUAAAAUACGGUGUUAUACUAGGAUUUCCACGUCACUCGCACAGCUCGGGCAAGUUAAUGAAUGAGUGUCAAUAACAAAGUCGCCUUCACCAUUCUCAAUCCAAGGUUGUUUGUCGAAAUAUUUUUGGAUUAUGGCUACUGAAACACUGAAAAAUCCGUAUCGCUUACAGACAGUGACGUUCAAACUUUCCUAGGAGGGGAAGGAAACCAACAUAAAUGCGAAAAGAACACCGAAAAUUACGUAUUCAGUAGCUUUGAUAUUAGCAUAUCUCACCGCUGAGAACGAAAAUCGACAACUGGAAGAUUUGCUACAGUCCGCUUUUGGCAGUUUAAAGAUUUCUUCUGUCUGUAAGGACCAAUUCAAAAACUGAGAAUUUUAUAUAUUGAAAAUUAGGCCCAUUGUUCGUUUUUGUAGUGAUUCAAAGCACGUUUUCAUCUUGAGUGCGUCAACGCACUUUACGAUUUUUAUUUGGGGAUUGUCGAUCCUUAGAUUUUCAGCCAUUGAUAAAGUCAACUUUGCUUAUCAGUUAACUGGGGGCUAUUGUGUUUAUAUGAUUAAGAAAAUAAUAUAUGCUUCCCAUGUAGAUAUGAAAUUACUCUUCUCGUGUUCAGCUAGAAAUCUCACCGGUUAGGUAUCAAGUUAAACGCGCGCCUAAGUAUUAUUCUCUGUAUCCACCACAUAUUUCAGGCCGCUGGUUAUCGUUUAGGCAUAAUGAAAAGAUAUUUUACAUUCGCAAAAAGGUGAACAAAGACUUUAGCUCGACAUCUAAUAAAUAAUGACCCAUUAGACCACUUUCUGAAAAUCAAAAUUAUUAUUUGAUUCUCACGAACUUUGCGUUUCUUGUAUCAGAAAAUUACGCUGUACCCGAGGCUCGUGAAAAUUUUUCCAGUAUAGAGAAAUUCAUUGCGCGCGUGGCAACAAUACCACAAAGUACUCGCUUAACUAUGAAAGUUUGUUUUAGUUUUUAGGUCAGCGUGUUCACUUGUAUGUAUCUCAUACAAUAUGAUUCUUCCAGGCGACCAAUACGAACACUGUAAUUGUAAUUCAAACACAUGCCAAUAUGCAUUUGAAGAAAAAACAAGCACACAAACAAAAACUCAAAAGCGGCAAAAUUAUUCCUAACCGCACACUUUAAACUUUCCAAGUCUAUGCAACCACCCGCAAUAGGAGAAAAGUGAACUCUAGCCAACAUAAAUUGCCUAAGUAGAUUUAAGUACGCUUGCAAUUUUUACGCGCUUAUAAAAAAUAUUCCAUAAAUGGCUGGUAUAACUAGAAUAUUAUUUUCGGUAAGUGAAAAAAGGAAACCCUCCAGGGCUCAUUUUGCACGUUUUACUGGUUAAAAGUGUAUUAAAAAAGAGUAUAUAUGUAUAUUAAGAUGUUUAUCACAGAAGAAUAACAAGGCCUGGCAUGUCAGAAAAGAGCUUCAAUAUUAUUUAUAUGAAAGUGGAACUGAUACAGACUUACACUUUCACUUUCGCUUUUACUUUCAAUUUCUCUCUCGCUUUCUAAUCUGGGUAAAAUUUGACGAACACUUGUAUUUUUUCCAGAGCCGAGACAAAUUGUUUUCUUCCAAGGGUAUCAGUAUGAAAUUCGUGCCCUGAGCGAAAAGUGGAACAAAAUUUCUACGUUUACCUGCAGGUAAGGAAAAAGGAUUUAUUUACUUUGAUUAUACAGGGACGACAAAGCAAUAAAUGUAUUAGUUUACAACUUGAAUAUUCUCUUCUAUUUCGUGAUAACGAAGAAAGGAAAUUGCUAGUCAAGAAAUUUGUAUUAAAUUUCCAUUAAACCAAUUUCCUGCACCACAACGAUGUAAUCGUCGACAGGUUGUUUCAGAGACUCUUAGAUUAUCACGAUUAGAAAAAAGCAAACAUUAACUGAAACUACAUUAAAUGGAAUUGCUAAUGACACCAUAAAAAGAAAAAUUUUCUGUUCUGUCCCCUAAGAAUAGAUACACAAACCGUGAUAGUUGUACGAAAGUGAGAAAGAAGCAUCUCGAGGUUAAAUAAGAGUUUAAAUUUGUCAUUUUUUUAUACACAGAGCUUGGAUUCAAAUAUGGAAUUGGGUUUCACCUUGGCAUAUGCUGUUACUAUGAUCGUUGCUUUGCAAGGAAACAUUUUGCUGAUAUACAUCGUCUGGAGGAAACAUGAGACAAGAACUUUGACUAGUUUCUUGUUUGUCAAUAUGGCGAUUGCCGAUUUACUGAUUGCAGUAUUUCAGAUGCCCUUCUCCAUGGCGCACUUCUACGUCUCUGAAUUCCCUGGUGCGGUGGGGAAUCUAUUCUGCCGAUCUUUAAUGUAUCUUGUGAAUGUGUCCAUGACAGCCUCGAUCUUCAGCCUUGUCGUGAUGGCAUUCGAUCGAUAUUUUGCUGUUAUACACCCUUUGAGGCGAAUGAUUUGGUUCCGAAGAGCCAAAAUUAUUCUACCAGUCAUUUGGAUCGCAUCCUGGACCUUAAUGGUCGUCACACCAUUUUCUUACAUGGCCGAGGAUAGCCUUGGAAAAUGCUUUUAUACAGAAGAACAUAUCCCGCGGGUGCCCUUUUGGACUUACCUACUGUUCAUCAACUACAUCAUGCCUCUUGCCAUCAUCUCUGCCCUGUACAUCGUAAUUGCGCGAAAGAUAUGGUUCCACGAAAUUCCUGGUCAACUUGAAUCUUCCAGACUCCAGCCAGAUGAGCAGAUUCCAAGGAAAAAAGUUGUUCGAACGCUCAUUAUUGUUGUGGUGGUUUUUGCGGUGUGCUGGUUUCCCAUGCAAGUGCUUCAAAUGAACCUUGCAGUGACAGCUGGAAUGACUUGGCACCCCAUUGCUAUCUACUCUAUCUAUUGGCUUGGUCAAGCUAACAGUGCCAUAAACCCCUGGCUGUACAUCGGUCUUAAUGGCAAAAUGAAUGCAGCUUUUAAAAGAAUGAUGCGAUGCCACGGGCAGGGUAAUACUUUGUCACACAAACCAUCUACCGCGACUUUACGUUCAAAUACAGCCGUUACCACAGUAUGAAAUCCUCCAACGGCUUAUGGUUGAGCUGAUGAAAGCAUUGCAGAUGACAUUUUCUAGUUAAACGAUUGCGGGCUUGAAUGCACAUGCUCCAUCCAGGAUUAGAUGAGGCGAAGGAGAAAGUGUAUUAGGAUCAGUAGACGAAGGCAAGGCCAUCAAUUGAGCGCUGCACCUCAAUAUAGAUUGAAACUUUAACUCCCUAGCUUGAUAUAAUGGGGCAGAAAAUAUCAUUUCCAGUUCAAGUUAUUUACUUCAUGAACGGAAAUAGUCAAAAAAGAAGUCAUCACUGUUAAAUAAGAAACAACAUUUAUUUGUUUUGACUCCUUUACUAGAAAGAAAGAACCGACGAAAUGGCUUUUGUUCUCUAGAUAAUGACUAAAUGUAAAUAAAAAAAUUGUAUUAAGGUUAUUUAAAUGCAGAUUUCUUCUUUCUAAGGUUAACCGUGACCUUUAAUGCAACGACCAUAACGAUCGUUUUUCAUUUAACAACGUUUAUCCUUAAGCUGAUUGACUACUACAACACUUUUUUCAAAAUUUUUCCUUUUGUUACAGAAUACCAUCGUUUCCUAACGGCGUUCAACUUAGCGUGUUUACUUUCUUUUAAAAACGAUAUUUUCAAAAAGUGUCUCAGUCGCAAUUCUAACUUAACAACUCAUAACUUCAUAUGAGUCAGCAGGGAUGUUUUGAUUCUGUGGUUAAAACGUUGCAGAAAGCUGACUAACCAGGACCACUUUGCCAUCAACUGCUCGUUAGAAAGCAAUAUUAUCUAGAACGGUUAGUUCGUACAUUUUUAAUUCUUUAAGUUCUGGUUUACCUUUAUAAAAUGAGUUCAGAGUCUUCGAAAAAUGAAACAAAUAAGAUAUUUUGUUCAAAUUCACACAUACUUUUUAUUGGGCGCUGUUUUUAGAGUAAAUUUCGCGGAUGCUGUUUACCUGUAUCAAAACUUUACCACAUUGUACGUCAAAAGUGCCCAAAAUUCAGAAUCUCGUGAUAUAAGCCGGUAGUCGAACGAGUGUAAAUAUGGCCGACAUCUUCCCCGUAGCGAUAAUGCUUCUUCUUUGCUUUUUACAUAACAUUGUAUUUUUAAAAGCGUGGGG